CUGUGAUUAUCGGAAUACUAUCGAAUAAGGAGGGGCCAUGUCAGCUUGAUACCUGCAACACAAUUAAAUUAAGGAAGAAAGUACAUAUGAGCUGGAUCUGGAAGUUCCCAGUCCAAUUAGGAGAUGACAUGUCAGCAGCAUGUAAUGCCCUUGGAAGGAGCUCUAAGCUCUGGUUCUCGAGACCGAGAAAGAAGAGGCAGAAGCAAAUUCGAGGAAUUCUUUGUGUCGACGUAGAGGCACAAAUUACAGGAAGAGGACGGGGAUAGAGAGGAUCAGCAUGGAUCUGCAGGAUUUGUACGAGACGGGUCCGCCCUGUAUGUCCCGGGCAGUCGAUGGCUUCGUGCGCAUUGGAACAGUACGACAUUCUGGUUUUGUUUGGUUUCACUAGAGGAGGAGCCUGGAGUUUGCUUGAAUAUCUGUUGAUUUUCUCAGGCAGGACUUGCUUGGGGAGUUUUCAUGGGCUCCUACGAUGCGACCAAAGAAGGGCUUCCAUUUUGAUGGCAUUUCCAUCAUUGCGGAUGCAGGACAUAAAGGGACAGCUCGAGGUUUAUAUGUGGCGAAGUCUGUUGCGCGGAAUGGCCUGGGAUGGGGCUUCUUCGCAGGAAUGUAUCUGGGGUUGAAUUGCGGAGUUAAGACCGUGAGGAGAAAAAGUGAUUGGAUGAAUGCAACGAUUGCGGGAGCUAUGACGGGAGCUCUUGCGGCUGCAAGGUCAGGCAGCGGUGUGAGAAUGCUUCAAACAGCUGCCCUGGUGUCUGCAAUUGCUACUGCUGGUGAUUUUGUCAGACCAGCACAGUAUCCUCCGACUGGAAUAUGAAGAAGAGAGCUUGGUCAGGAUUGUCCUUUGACUUGCACAUGAUAUCAGGGACAUAUCUCAACUGGUGACAAGUCCAAGUGAAGAGGGUUUGCAGUCAUAUUAAGAAGGCUUUACGCACUUCGUGGGUUGAGAAUGAUCCUGCUACUCCAUGAGGAAGUUUUAGCAGACUUACACAUGCUUUUUUAAUUGUAUACGAAUAGAGUUAUCUCUAUCCGUAUACAAGGCUGAAGGCAAAAAUAUAGAACAGGCUCUCACGAGGAACGUUUACGCCUGUCAAACAUUCAUGUUACUGGGAUAGGGAUUCUUACACUACAGAAAGUGUUGUACAUCAAGUAGCUUGCAGGCCAGUACACAUAGGUAAGGUCCAACAAGCAUUUGUGCUGGUUUAGCAGUUCUACCCUCACUAUAUGGAUUAUUCUUUUCUGAUCUCUGUAGGAUAGGGUUUUUUUCAAUAAUGGUCGCGGGAUGAGUUAGUGUCCCCCCAUACGUUUGAAAGGGUGGCGUUUGGUACCUUCACCCACUGUAAAGAACAUGCGUGCGAGGGGGGCGGAUUUUGUCUGCGAUGCAGAAAGUCUAAAUGGGAAGAAUGUGGAGGAAAUAUUUGUGAUCAAUCGAGGUCGCCUGACUAACCUGCACAUUAUACUAAAAGGGAUUAUCAAGUGAUGUGAAGUCGGAUUGUUUCGUACGAAAGGGGUGUAUCUGAGUUUAAGUGGAUGUGCAGCAAGUGUAUGGAUGGAGUGCAGUAGCUAUGCGCAAAGGCUCUGGUUCUGUUGCGCAGCAGUAAAUAAGUUUCUAAUCGAGCUACAGUUUCCUGGUAUCGGUACGUUACGUAUACCAUGUAUUGGAAAGGAGGAAAAUAAAUUGAGCUCAUGACUCUCACCUGGUGGCUGGCA